AUGGCCUCCUUCCCUCUCUUCUCUCUCCUCCUCUUCUUGGCCCACCUCUCUCCCCACGCGUCGUCGGCGGCGGAGCCGGUUCUGGCGGGUGACCUCCUGGACGCGGCCCACGCUUCGGGGUUCGCCGCGUGGCUGCGCAGCGUGCGGCGGCGCAUCCACCAGCACCCGGAGCUGUCCUUCCACGAGUACCGCACAAGCGAGCUCGUCCGCGCCGAGCUGGACACGAUCGGCGUGUCCUACUCCUGGCCCGUCGCCCAGACCGGUGUGGUGGCCACGAUCGUCGGCGGCGGCGGCGCUGGGCCCGUUGUCGCGCUCCGGGCGGACAUGGACGCGCUCCCCUUGCAGGAAUUGGUAGAUUGGGAAUACAAAAGCCAGGAGAGUGGGAAAAUGCAUGCUUGUGGACAUGAUGCUCACACAUCAAUGCUUCUCGGAGCUGCUAAGCUACUUCAUUCUUGGAAGGAUCACAUCAAGGGUACCGUCAAGCUUGUCUUUCAGCCAGCAGAAGAAGGAUAUGCCGGGGCUUACCAUGUCCUAGAAGAAGGUAUUCUAGAUGAUGUGUCCGCCAUUUUUGGUCUGCAUGUCGACCCAAGUCUUCCAGUGGGUACCGUCGUCUCCAGGCCAGGGCCAUUCAUGGCAGCAUCGGGACGGUUUUUGAUAACGGUCACCGGGAAAGGCGGUCACGCAGCAAUGCCUCACCAUGCUGUCGACCCCAUCGUCAUGGCAUCCUCUGCCAUCAUCAGCCUCCAACAAAUCGUAGCUCGGGAAAUUGAUCCCCUCGAAGCCGCGGUGGUCUCAGUAACAUUCAUGGAAGGAGGUGAUGCUUACAAUGUCAUUCCUGAGUCAGCUUGCUUCGGUGGCACCUUCAGGAGCUUGACAACAGAAGGUCUGUCAUAUCUUAAGAAGAGGAUCAAGGAGAUUGUGGAAGCGCACGCCGUCGUGAGCCGCUGCACUGCCAGCGUCGACUUCAUGGAUGAGGAGCGCCGGCCAUACCCAGCCACCGUCAACGACGAAGGGAUGUACGAUCAUGCCAGAUCAGUGGCAGCGGCUAUGUUUGGAGAAGGCCACGUCAAGAUAGGUGGCCCAAUCAUGGCCGCGGAGGAUUUCUCGUUCUACACGCAGAGAUUCCCAGGGGCAUUUUUCAUGAUAGGAACCCGCGACGAGACACUGGCAACCGCGGUGCAUCCACUCCACUCCCCCAACUUUGUGAUCGAUGAGGGUGUGCUCCCGGUGGGAGCGGCCUUCCAUGCUGCUGUGGCGAUGGAGUACUUGAACAAGAUGCCGCAGUUGGCAGUCUGCCGAUAA